AUGAAUAAAAACGCCAAGGGUAGGAGCUACCUAGACAUUCUUCGGUUUUAUAGCAAAGAUGAAAAUCAACAGGGGGUGCAUUUUUCGGGGGGGGUUGGUAGUCCAGUCGGACUGCAAAGUGGCCAUUCCUUCUGUAAAGGCGUGAAGAAGGAACGUUUUUUCAAUGUGCGUAACUGGGAUGGAGCUGACUCACACCAAGGGAAUGACGACCGUCCCUUGGGGGAGGACAAAGAGAGUCUGAACACGGACUCCUUUUUCAGAACCCUCUUUUGUAAUCAGAAGAUGGGAAGCAGCAACAAUCGUCAUUAUACCAGUGGUUGCUAUCGUAGUAACCCCUUCGAGGAGGAAGAAAAUAAUAAUGCCCAGAGGAGGAACUUAAAAAAAAUGGUAACCUAUGCAACAAGGGGGAAGAGAGUUAAACCCGUACACGAGGAAGAUACACUAAUUCGAAACCUGAGAAGAGAGCAAAGGAUGAGAAUGCUCUGUCUACAAAAGGAACAUGGGUGCAUGAAAGGUUAUCAAAAGAAAAUGGCUAGCUGUUUUGCUGCCUACAGGAGGAGGAAGACAUGCACCAUUUGCUUCCUGAGUAAUAAUACGGAACACAUGGAAAAGUGCAAAAACUGCUCCCUGCACUUUCACGUGUACUGCUACAAGAUGUUUAGGGACAACUUCAAUUUGAGCGACUUUGUGUGUGACGUGUGUGUGGACUGCGGGGCAGCAGGCGGUACGACUAGCAAUUUUGCCCCCCAACAUGUACCCCACCGUGCAUACGCCCACCAGCGCACAGACGAACCCUACAGGAAGUACCACUUUGCCUAUAAGAGGAAAGAUGUCGACGUGACCAACGAACCGCUCGAUUGUGCCCCCCAAGUGGAGGAACCAAAUACGCAAAGUGGUUCACCAAGGAAAAGUAAAAAUUUUAAAUGCCUAAGUGAAGCCGAAUUUGGCAACAGUAAUGACCUCCUCCAUGGGGAGGGUAAUCAAAAAAUAAAUGGAUCAUCCAAAAGGAAAGCAGAAGGUGGGAAGAAGAUACCCACCGAUGAUUGCCUCUAUGACGGGGCCAUUCAUCAUCGCGAUAUGGCAUACCACUCCGAUACGAGAUGCAACCGAAGGGUGAGUCAUGAAAUAGGUCCCUAUAACAAGAAGGCAAAGAGGCAACUAAAGAAAAGGGCCGAUUUAGAAAUGACGUCAGAGAAGGUUACCAAAAUGGUGGGAAAAUUGUUAAGGCCGUUGGAGAACCACAAAAUGGACUCCCAUUCUAUGCUAUUCCAGAUGGAGCAAAGUCAAUCUAAUCAACCCCCCCACGAGGGGAAAAACACCCAAUACAUGCACGCCAUUCAGUAUAAGCUCCACCUGCAUGAACGAGCGAGUCAACAGGUAAAGUGCAGCAUUUGUAAUGGCCUUCACAGAAACGUCCUGAUGAUCAGGACUGGCCCAGACUUAUGGUUCCACGUGUGCUGUCUCUACUACAAUGAUCUCUCCAAAUGUGGCUCCCUAAACCACCUAUACUUUGAAUGCUUCUUCCUAAAAUUCUACAACCAAGACUAUUUUAGUAACAUGUAUGGAAAACUAAAGGGGGUUAAUGAAAUAAUCGUCCAAAAAGUCAAGCAGGAAUUAUUGAGCAGUUAUAACACCACCAUUCACAGUCACUCCUUCAACUUUCUCAUGAACCCCUACUACUACAACUUGACGCUUAAGCAGAUCAAAAAUUUGAUUUUUUACAACUUUAUUCUGCAAACGAAUGUGUUGUAUGGGAGGAAAACUUCUUGGUGUGGUGGUUCCAGUUUGCAGGUUUCACCCAUCGGAGGUGAUGAAGGGGAAGGUAUCAUUAAGGGCGUGUUGUGUACCAACCUGGGGAGCGAUAAUUUGGCUGAAAUGAACUUUGGUUGGACGGACAGGCGUCGUGUGAGCGAAUCGUCCAGCUGUGCACAGUCCAACAGGAGGAGAAGGAACAGUCAGAGGGGUAGUCAAUCCCGCAUUGAUCUGCAUGGUAAAUUAUAUAACCAAUAUGAGCACUCUUCUAGUUUAAGUAGCGAAGCGAGCAGCUACGUGGGCAGUAGCAGCAUACCCAGCUGCAGCGAUUCCUCCUCUGAUGGAGCAACCAUGAGGGACGACACGCAGGAUAUGGAAGAAGGGGAAUACGAAGACGAACCGGAAAAUGACCCCUAUGUGGAUGACGACGAGGAGGACAUUAGCAUGCACUGUCAGAACGAACAUACCAACAUAUACUGCAUCGACACGAACAACUGUUCCGUUGUCACAGAGGAGAAUUAUUACACCACGGAUGUCUUGCACAUUGUAAGUAAUCACACAAGGAACGAAGUCAGUCUAAGUGUCAACAAGCAGAAUGAGCUGAAUUCAUUUUUCAAGGAAAUCGAACAGCUCAUUUAUAAGAGGGACUUCAUUCAUUUGAACAUUUUAAAAAAUAUUAAAGAGAAAAUCCAGGAGUCCGUCCUCAACAACCAUUCGAAGAUUUGCGUUUUUUGUAAAAAGGCAACUGGGAUAAAGACCAAAUGUAUGUUUCCAUCCUGUUGUACUUAUUUCCACAUUUCCUGUUACUACGAGUUCUUCCUACACAGUGUGCAUGUGAUUUAUGAAUGGAGGAGGGGCAUCAAAAGGGACGAUCAAUUCAACCGCAGGCAGGUAAACCAGGUAACAAACCCAGGGGAUCUCCCUCCCAGGACGAACAAACCGAUUAAACGACAAGACCGCAGGAAGAAGCGCUUACGCAACGGCAUCGGUAGUGACAAAAGUGAUCAGGACAAUGUUUGUCAUGGAAUCUAUGUUGACCGUUGUGAUCACGCUGAGGGAAGGGCAACGCCCAGUGCAGGUGUUGCAAAAAAUAUUCUAACGAAAGGGAACUCCCAGGAGCAGCCCCCUAUCGACGCACCCAAGGGGACGAUCCAGUACAUUCGAAAAAUUAAGAGGAAAAUAAUGGACAGCAGUGAGCAGCAAAAUGGGGGAAGUAACAACAGUGCAGCGGUGGUGGAUGGACCAACAAAUGGGUCAGCGAAAAUGAACCAAAAGAACACUGAAACGAAGAUGACCCCAAUUAUAUUUCCUUCCCCCGUUGAGCACGCAGAGAAGACAAAUCCCCGUGCGAAAAAAGAAGUAGUCGAUUUGGCGUCUACGCAGAUUGCCAGUUCAGGUGCCACCACAUUAGAGGAUCAACCCCAGAAGAGCAAAGUCACCGUGGAUGCAAGAGAAGGUAACACCGUUGGGUAUGGCCAAGAAGAGCGGGUUGAAGAUAAGAGUGGCAACCCAACUGGUGGAGGUUCCAGCCAAGGUUCCUUAUUAAGCACACGUCGUACAAGGAGUAAGGCAGUAGUUGUCCCCCUGAGUAACACCCAGAAGGGUUCAUUCGAGGAGGGAAAAGUGAACCAAACAGUUCGAUCGAAGAGUAACCACCAUCCCAAUGAACAGAACCAGAUGGUGGUGUUAGAUAACCUGAAGCAGAAUACAGUAAAAACAACGCCCUGCAAAAACACCCAAAUGGGAGAUCCUCACGGGAGGAGAUUUACAGAGAGUACAAGUUUGUGCAGCGACGUGAACAUAGCAGGAAUGAACAGACGGAAUCAGCGCACAGUUAAACAUUGUAGCAAGUAUCCAGCAAGGGAUUAUGUCACCGUAGGGGGUAUCCCUCGCCAGGGUGAGAAGCCAAACGUGAGAAUGCACAAACUGGUGCAGAGGGUCACUCACCAGGUGGAGCAGAAAACGCCACUCAGGGGAGAGGCCAAAUUGACCCCCAAAGUGACGCCAAAAAUAACGCCCAAAACGCGGGAUCGAUCGGAUCAACCAGGUCGACCACGAAGGGGUGACGACUGUGAGAGCUUUUCUUCCCUGUCGUCUCUGCUAUGCUCCUCCAUACCAUCAGACGGAAGUGAAUCCUCAUUCGACUCAAUCAGAUCGUCCGAUCGUUCUCUGUCCCUCCACUCGAAGUCGAAUUCGAUAUCUCUACACUCGUUGACGUUUUCAUCGGCGUCUUCUUCAUCGUCCAGCACCUACGCGUCAUCCGAGUGUGUAGCCAACACGUCUAGACAAAUAGCAUCGAGAAAAUGGGAUAUAACCUCCUCUUGUUCCUCCUCCGAUUCCUCCGUGACGUCAAAACUUAAUGGAAAGGCCAAGUCGAUAUCGAGCUCCCUAUCCGCAGCGUCGAACAGAUCUUGUCGAAAUAGCAAUUCCCCAUAUAGCAGCAACUCGCAGGAAGCGUUAUCCUCCUCGUGCGGGGAGGGCUUUCCAAAUACCAAGUUGGGCUAUAAUAUGGGGAACUCAAACAACAGACAUCAUACUAGUGCGAACAGUGGAAAUGCUAAGAGGAAGAAGAAAAAAAAAAUAAAAAAAAAAAAAUAUGAACAUUCAGCGACGGACACCGAGCAUCUGGGGAGAAAUACCACGUGGAACAAAUUAGGUCUGUUCACCACGAAUGUAUCUAACGUCGGAAAUAGCUACCUGGAAAUGAAGAGCAUCAAGCUGACUUUGUGCAACACGCACAACAAUGAAGACGACAUAGCGACUGUGCUGAACCUCAAGUUAAAUGCAGUGAAUAAUAGGGGGCACAACAAUCUGGGGGGAAUAUUCUACCACUACUAUAAUUCGUUCCUCUCUUCAGUGUUCUUCGCGGAAAAGUUUGCCCACCUGUCGAACGGGGGGGAGGACACUAACGAAUGGGUGGACAACCAAGUCAGCCAAUGUGAAAACGAAAGUGGAAACCUACACCAAGGGGAAAAGGAAGACGAAAUUAAGGAGGUAAGUAACACCCCUGUGGAAGAACAAAACAAUCGGGGUGAAGCAAUAAGCACAGAUAACGAUGCGGCAGUGAACCCACCAGAUGGAGAGACGCACAAACCGAGCGACCACACCCAUAAGAGGAAAAUCGGAUGCCUUUCCGAGACGCCCAACUGCGAUGAUGAAAACGAACAGAAGGAAAUGGGUCACUCGGAACAGCAUGACCAGGAUGACACAGAUGUAGCGCAGAUAUCACGUGGAAAUAAAAAAAAAAAAGUUAAACUAGACAAUGGGGGGGACACAGUGGAGCAUGACGCGAACAACGUCGAAAGGAAUGAUGGUGGUCGGUGGCGUGAUGAGGCUCACACGGAAGGGGGAAGCUCCGACCGCGCGGAAGAUAAGAAGGGGGAAAAUGAACCAGCGAACGAGUUGGAAGUAACAACCGAUUAUGAGAAUUCCCCAACGCAGGAAAAGGCUAACGGGUAUGACACGCUGAAAGAUGUGCACGAGGAGAAGAGCAACCAGGUGGAAGGAGCAGUCGAAGGAACAGCUGAACCGGAAGAAGCGACCCCAAACGGAGAGGUCACAUGUAAAGAGACCCCAAGCAAAGCGAACCACCUCACACUACUAUUGUUCAUGAACUACAUGAACCGUGUUAUCGACAACGUAGAAGCCAGCGUGAUUAUGAAGAACAACGUGUGCGAAGGAGUGUACUACCUGAGACAGCAAAAUGGAGUAAACAUUUGUCAAAAGGUGAGCGGCCGCUUAAAGAAGCAACUGAAGGCACAAAACAUGAAAAAGAAAAAAAAAAAAAAAAAAAAAAAAUUAAGUGAAAUCACUAUUUUAAAAAAUACAAAUGUAGAUAUACAGAAGAAAGAUAAAAACAACAUAUCCAGCAGUAUGGAUUUGAAAAAAAAAGUUGACGUGAAUAAGUUCGCCUACCUCUUCUAUCGACUGCCUCUCCUUCUUUCGGGGAAUAAGUUUGUAAGCGACUUGGAUACUUUAAAGUGCAUAGGUCAGAUAAGAAGUGUCUUCCACUAUUAUGUUGAUUUUUCCAAUUCUAGAAAUAUCGCCAAUCUGGUGGAACUACUUGAAGGGUAUGCCAGCCAUUCCAUGUUUCACAAGAGUGUGAGCAACUCGAGAAGAAGUCUCCACGAUAGGGAGGACAAGAGCGGCACUAGGAGGAAGCUCUCUGCAAGUGGCGUGUCGGUGGAGACAGCCACAACGACAGACGUGACAACAGUAGCGGCAGAAGCGGUGGAGAAGGCGCUGAAUCAGGAUGCAGAGGAACAACCCAGUUUGGACAAUUCGUUCGACGCGGGGGGAGAGGACGGGCCCGAUGAUGCCGCCGAGCAGGUCGAAAAUGCAGACGAACAGACGAGCAGCACUGCCACGAUCACGGAGGUGGCUCCCACUGAAGAAGUUAGAAAAAAUGAACCAAUGAGUGAUCACCCAUUUGAGAAUGAAAAGGAAAGCAUCACAGAAAAUGGGGACACAGAUCUAGUUAGAGGAAGCACGUGUGCCAGCACCGUCAGUGCGUAUUGCCCAAGUGUGGUCGGGGAGAACCAUCACGAUGUGCAGGAAGAUCCACAUGAAAAGAGUACCAAAACGAAGAAAAAAAAAAAAAAAAAAUCAACUGGAAGUGGAAAUAAUUGUAAGGGGAAUAUGCCCAAUGAGUCAGUGUUAGAACAAGGGGACUCUUUCAACCUUGAAGACGGACAGAGAAACGAAAACAACACAUGUGAUAAAGGGGGGAUAACGAAGGGAGACGAGUCAGGGAAGGAGUCCCAACCGUAUGUCAACAAGAGCUUCAACUUAGUAUUCUGUCUCUUCGAUAACGGAAAUAAUAUCUACCUCCUAAUCUACGAAUCGGACAGCGAUAACAGAAAGAAGUAUGCAAAGAAUAAACUCCUUCGAAAAAAAAACGAGUGCAACAAUAUCGACUAUUUUUUUAGGGAGCUAUACGAGAAGGUGCAUCAGAGCAGCUCCAAGGAUGGGGCCUUCUCAAUUUUGAAGGCUCUCUUUUGUAAUGGGGUUGGUGCCUCGGUGGGAGAUUCCUCUGCCAGUAUUGCCAGUGGAGUGAUCCCCCAGAGUGCAAUCGGCUUCACCGGAUUGAGUGACGUGACCAGUUCGACCGGAUUAACUGGAUUGACCAGUUCGAUGGGGUCGAUGUGGUCCAUGGGGUCUAUGAGCGGAACGAGUAACCGCAGCGGAAGCGGCAGCAGGGUUAGCGGCCACAGGGUGCAGGGCAGCUCCAAUGCGAAUUCAAACGUUAGCACAGUAAACGCCACCACCGGUAUCAGCACUGUCUGCGGCACCACACCCGACGAACUGAACUGCCUAAAGAUGAGCGAAAUGCUGCUGAACAAAAAUGUUCUAGAAAAUAUACUGCACAACUUUAGCGCCUUUAACAUUACCAAGAACCUGAGCUUGAAGCUGGCCAACGUUAUCGAACUGACUUACUACGAUUACCUUUUUAUAAAGAGGCACAAGUUUUUUUACUCGAAGAGGGGCGUGAAGAUUUUCGACGCGUGUAAUAAUUUGUACGGCGAGGGCGAACCCACGGAAGACGACCUGGGCGGCAGCGUCGUCGGAGGGAGCGUCAUUGGGGGCAGCGUCGUCGGAGGAAGCGUCAUUGACGGAUGCGGCAACAGGGAUGACUACCAAUUGACGAACAAGCUAAAAGAAAUCCUUUCCAAAUUGUACUCUGACAAAGGAAGCAACAACACGUCGUUCAAUUAUAGAGGGAUGUUAUGUGGGGAAAGUAGCCUCUCUGGAACUGGGGACGUCAGUAGGGUUAGUGCAUACGUUAAGGAGGAAAAGGCCAAACUAGGAGGAGUGGUCACACCGAUGGGAAUUUCCGACGUCGUUGCGGCUGGCUGCAGUGGAGGCAUUACCGAUUGGCGGAAUGUAAACCCCUUCCUGUGGGGACCGGAGAACAGCACCUUCGCAGGUAGCGUUGUAAAUGGCGUUCCAGGAGACCUCAGCGGAACGACCAUGAUGGCGUACGAAUUCGCCAAAAAUGGAAACCUGCUUAACAAAGGGGUCAAGGAAAAAGUUUUAAAUAAACAGAUAACAAAAAAAAACGACAAGAGAGACAAGAAAGAUGGACAAAGGAGUAAAAACAAAAAGGAGCAGAAAAACCGUCUGCACGAUGACCCUAAGAGUUGUAACACAAGUGGGGGAAAACUACCCUCAGGCAAUACAAUCACGAAGAGUGAAUUUAGCCAAUAUAGCAACUUGGAUUUGGUAACACAUCAAAGUAGGGACAACUCCAUUAACGGCAUCGUAAGGGAGUUCCUCCUCAACGGGUGUGAGGAUAACACCAUGGCGGAACAGGUGAAGGAAAUAAUUGGAAGGUACAACUCCUUUGGGGGGAACACAAAAAGCGGCUUCAGGGGGAAAUGCCACCCGGCAGAAGGGUCCAUGUAUUCAACGAACAGCUUCAGCGCGUACGACGUGUAUAAGUUGUUUCUGCUGGAUAAUGGCGCCAGGGGGGGUGAGACGAACACUACGAUGGGCGAUCCCGUUGGUGAUCCCGUCGACAGCUUGACCAGUGGGGAAGGCACCCCCCCGGGCGCAACGAACGAACCAGAGCAGGCACCACCCCUCUUCAAAAAUAAGGAAGAAAGAAAAAAGUACCUGAACAACAUCCUCUUCGAUAAGGCCACCCUAAACAAUUUUCGAAGUUUCAUUCUGAAGAAAAGGCAGAUGGAAUUUUUUUACAAAAACUGGAACGGGCUAGCAAAUUGCAUAGAGAGGGAGAAUAACUUCAUAGACAUUGGGAAUAUUUUGUCAUUCCAUCUGAACAGGAGUAACUUCGUUAAACAGUUGAACUGGCGCAGCGUCGAGGAGGUCGAGACGAAGGUGAACUUGAGCAGGAGCAGUAUCAGCAGCGUCAGCGGAGUUAAAAUUAAGGCAGAAGAGAACAAAGCAGGUUCCUUCGCUGCGUUGCCCGGAAAUUGCACCAAAGAUGGUAACAACGCGAUUGAAGAGGGGGCAAAUUCAAGCCUGUGUAAGAGCGAGCCCGCAAAUGGGUCCCCACCCCCUGCAGAAGAUCAUGCCCAACAACCUGAUGGGGAAAAAAAUAAUGAAAACGACGAAAAGGACGCAAGUGGCACUGUCGUUACGGUUGGUGAUGACAAGAGCGGCCUCAGCGAAGGGAACGUCCUUCCCCCCGUUGUGAAGGAAGAAAAAAAUAUCCAGCCCGAUCUGUCCAAUCGUGACGAGAGUGAACAUAAAGGGGAAGAUCAAACUGAAGACCAAACAGAAGGCCAAAAAGAAAGCCAAACAGAAAGCCAAAACUAUCGUAAUCGCAGUCGCUCUCGCGAUGGCGAAAGCUUCGACGAGCUGAUCGGCCACAACUAUGAAAAAAUGAAAGACCUCUAUAAUAACCUGAAUGAAGAAAUAGUAAAAAACAAACUCCUACUGAUGAGUAAAAUUAUAGAUGAGAACCACUUUUACAACGUUGCUGAUAUGCCGCUGUAUGUAAAUUUAGUCUUUUACAAGUACAGUUGUGUUAAUACGUGGAACAACUUGGUUCAUAAUUUGAGGGACAGCUUCCUAAGGGAGGAGGAGGCCCACUUUUUAACUACAAACGGGGUAAUGAACAAGAAUGUGGCUCCUGAAAAUGGCCUAAAUGAGGCGUUUAUCCUGACGCCCACGCCGACAACCUUACCAACCAAGGAAGCAUUACCGGAGGAACAUAACCCUUCGAGCGAUGCUUGCGUGGCGGAGAGGAAGGAGGAGAAGCAUCAUCAUAAUGAUGACAACGGAAAAGCGCCCCCCGUUGGGGAGACAGUGACAACCCAGUAUAGUAAUAACCCUGUGGGGAAGGAGAACGGCCCCGAGGAAGGGAACAAAAUGGGAGACCAAAGCAGUGAAGCAGCCCCCCCCUCAGGCGUAGGCCCAUCCACAUCGGUUGUUCCACCUGCUGUGACAGACCCGAAGAAAAGCGCCCCAAUUUUCAAUCAAAAGAAAAAUGAGAAAAAUGAGAAAAACGGAAAAAAUGUUAAAAAUGAAGAGAAGGAAAAGCCAAACCAUUUCACAUGUAGUGUGUGCUUCAACUAUCAGUUGAACAACAUAAACAUUUUGUACAAAUGUGUUGGAUGCUUCACUUACAUGCACAAAUAUUGCUACGGAAUAUAUCAGAAAGGAAGGAGCGAUGAAUUUCUGUGUGAGAAGUGUACACUUAGCAAGUACAUCAACAAGAGACGACAGCAGGGUGAAGAUCCCAGUAAGAGCAGCAGCCACUCGAAAAAAAAAAAGAAAAGCAGCAACAACAGUGCAGCAACAGCAACAGGAGCAGGAACAGUUGGAACAGCAUCGGUGGUGGCUGCUGCUGCGGUGAGUAGUGGGCACACCCAUGACUGCAACACGAAUGACCCAUGCGAUAACCCAAGCAAAAGUACCCUUGACGUAUUUAAAGGAUUUGAAAGUUGCUGCUACAUAUGCAAGAAGGAUGGAGGCGCCUUGAAGAAAACAACGACAAAUCAGUUUGUUCAUAUUUUUUGUGUUUUAUUUUUUAUCUCCAAAGUGUUUUGUUUAAAUAUUUACAAUUUGAACCUGUGGGAUGUUAGCAAUUUGAGAUCCUUCGAAAAUGUCUGCUGUAUUUGCAAUAAAAAUGGAGCCGUCAUAAGAUGUGCCUACUGCGAAGAAGACGCUCAAGGGGAAAACACUCCAAGUAGUGCGAACACGCACACAAAGUACGAGAAGAAGGAGAAGAAGUGCAAUAAGUGGUUUCACCCUCUGUGCGCUUAUUUGGAGGGGUACCAUAUGAAUGUUGAAAUUUACGAAGAUCUGUUUGUAAUGACCUAUUUUUACGAUAACUGCUUCUCGUGCUUCCAUGUGAUCACACACUGCAAUGACCACGUUCCUCCGGGAAGCUACCAAAAUAGGGAAGCCGUUAAAUGGAAGAGGAACAAGUCCUACCUGAGCAGCAGCAGUGGUGGCGAACACGGCAGUGGCAAUAACGACGGCGCAGCUUCCCCCAAGUCGAGCGACGGAAACAUAAUAAAUAUGGGAAUAAACAACUUCCAAAGUGGUAAGAUCGAGACGAACGCCCCAUGUUUACACAAUCAGCAGAACGGCAGUAGCAGCACGCCACCUCUUCAAAACUGCGUCAACGCCAUUCUUGUAAAAGAGGAAACCAGCAACGAAAUUUGCGCGACUGAGCAGAUUGAAGAAGCCUGCGCGUUGUAG